AUGGCUAGCUGUACGUUCUUUGAACAAGUGGGGCUGAUAGGUAAAGCUACUUCAGAAGGGGAGAAGGUGUUCAAGGCCCUGGACCAGGACAGGAGUGGAUUUAUUAAAAAAGAGGAGCUGAAAUGCUUCCUCCAGAACUUCUGCUCAAAGGCCAGAGAGCUCACGGAGGCCGAGACCAACUCUCUCUUGGGAGCUGGGGACAGUGAUGGAGACUGCAAAAUUGGGAUGGGAGAAUUCUGCGCCUUGCUGAGAUGA